AUGUUAGCUGACAUAAUUGUUUUAAGCAACGUCAAUAACCGAAUGUCAUCACGCGUACAUAUAUCUGUGUAUAAUUUCUUACGUUUCACUCAUUUCUUACCACAGUUCGCUUUCGUGUUUUGCUUGAUUAUAACCAUUUUUAAAGAUAUGAAAAAAUCUACUAAAACCCAUUGUAAAGUACCGAAUGUCUUUCCAUCGAUGUCAGCGAUUAUUGCCGGCUUUGAGCCUCAGCGCUUUGUCUGGCGAAUGAGUUUCGCAUUAACUAGCGUUCCGCGAUAUUUCAUUGCUUAUUUACAAUUGCAACGUUUGCUUAAUCGCUCUCAUAUUGCUUAUCGAGAUUUCUAUCGGUGGGUACAACUAAUCAAUAGCUUGAUUCAUACUGUUGAAUUAACAUUUCUUCUUCAAUUAACAUAUAUCUCAUCGAAUGAAAACAAACGAAUGCAUGAAUACGGAUUUAUCGGUUUUACUUUGUGUUCAUUGAUUCAUAUGCUCGGAACGAUUCUGAUUGAUUAUUAUUGGCCACGAACGAAGAAGAUCUGUUUGAACGAACGAGAAAGAGCUUGUCGACGAAAACGACUGAAAUGGUUCCUGUGUAAUUUUGUUUCGCUGACUAUCUCCUCAUAUUUCUUCUAUCGACAUAAUCGUUUUUGUGAACCAUUUAUUUAUUCAGCCUAUUGUCUUUGCGAAUAUUUUGUUAUAUUAACCAAUAUUGGUUAUCAUUCGAUCAUUCGAGACGAAUGGGACCAAACUGAUGGCCAAGUACACAACUGCAAUGCACUGUUCUUUCUCCGACAAACGAAGCAAAACAUGUCUGUUUCGUAA